AAAACUAAGUGUAUAUGUAUACAUUACUUAUUAAAAUACUGGCAUGUCUGGCCCAGCUGAUCUGCAUAUCCAGUCCAGUUCUUACAAAAUAGGGAAAUCUUGUAUACCUAUUAUAUACCAUACCUAAGUAUAUGCAUGUGAGCUGCAGAGUAGCCGCAGCAGCAGCAGCAAUACCUACAGCAGUAGUACAGAAGAUUUGUGUGUGAAUCGUGAAUGUCCGAAUUCUCGCUGCCGCUGUCCGGUUCGCGGGAACCGUGUUGUUUCAACAUUUAUACGGCUGAUUAUAAAAAUGGUAGAUGAGGCGACUGACAGCGAAGAUCACAAGAAGAAAUUCGCCAUCAUCCGUGAAGUGUACAAUGACGAAAAUGCGCACGACCACUUUGAAUACGAGCUUGAAAAAGCCCUGGAUUUGGAAUGCCAGUUGAUAGUCAUAGAACCAACUAAGUUGGGAGAUGAAACAGCUCGAUGGAUCGCAGUUGGAAACUGUCUUCACAAAACUGCAGCCUUGUCCGGUCUAGCAGCUAUUGUUACAGGACUAAUGUGUGACGACAAGCCAUACUUGUGGGCUUCUUUUGGUCUCACAGCUGCAGUAUCUUGUGGUUUAUACACUGUUUCUUGGCAGUUCGACCCAUGCUGCAAGUACCAAGUAGAAACAGACACAAGCAAGCUGCCGAAUGCAGAAGUUCUAGCUGUUUUGGGACCUUCAUCGCCCACUUUUCUUGUCAGAAAAGAUGACAGCAGAAGGAAGAUUUUGCACAGUACAGUUACAGCAUUAGCACUUAGCAUCUGUGCUUGGAGAUUGUAUCAAGUCUUCAAAUGAAAAAAUUCCUCUCUAGAAAUAUGUCACAAAAUUGAAAGGCUUUAAGGUAGGCCACAGUGGAGAAUUAUAUGUGAUCAUAGACCAAUGUAGACUACAAGUAUAAGAAUUAGGGAAAUAGCAACUUACAAAAAAACAAACAAACAAAAAUUCUAAUACAUCGAAAACCUCCCAAUAAAUAACACGUAAUCGUCUCCUUUCAUUAGUUAUUCAACACUCCUGUAUUUUUUUUUAUGUUUGUGAUAUUUACGUGUGUUUACACCUUUUAGGAUUUCAAGUUGAUGUGAAUGGUGUACAUGUAUGUAAUGUCAUCCACAGCUAACCUGGCGAAAAUCAAGUCAUUCAAAAAUAAUGUAUUUUUAAAACUGUACAGAAACACCGCGUAGAUACACUGUAUGCAGCAGCAUGAGUUAUGAAAGGAAUAAUAUUGCUCAAAUUCUUCCGCCUGUUAAUUUAUAGUUUUAUUAUGAAAUGUUAGAGAAAUAACACUAAUUUGAAGUUGAGCUUAAAAUUUAUUCGUUAUGUAAUAAAUAUAGCUAUUGAUUUAUAUCGA